UGACCUGCGCUUGCGCAUCAGCACGAGGGAGCCGCUCUGUACCCCAUAAAUCAGUUUUCCUCCUCCGGCAUUUUGGCGCCUGUAUUGUGCAAAUGAGACUGUAAGCGCUGCUCGGCGAUGCCCAUACGUAUCGUAAAAGGUGGAGACUUUCUAGUGGUCGCUGUCAUUUAGGUCCCUCCAUCCUUAUGGAGCGAGCGGCAGCUGUUUCAGUCUCCUCGAGUCGUGUGGGGAAGGUGGUCGCGGUGCAUUAAAAGGCUACAAGUUAGCCGGGAUUCUUCUCGGACUGGGGUGAAGGAAAGCAAGAGCCAUGUCUGCGCGAGAAAGACUGAAGGAGAGGAUGACUAAGGACAGCGUUACUUUGCUGCCGUGCUUCUAUUUCGUUGAGCUUCCAAUCCUGGUCUCAUCUGUGGUGAGCCUUUACUUCCUAGAGUGGACAGACAUCUUCAAACCGGUGCACUGGGGGUUUGCUUGCCAUGACCGCAGUCUGAGUUUGCCAUACAUUGAGCCCACGCAUGAGGUCAUUCCCUUCCUCAUGCUCCUCAGCUUGGCCUUCGCUGCACCUGCCAUAACGAUAAUGAUCGGAGAAGGCAUUCUGUUCUGCUGUCUGUCCAGAACUCAGAGCGGCCCUGGAGCUGAGGCCGACAUCAAUGCAGCCGGCUGCAACUUCAACUCUUACGUCCGCCGUGCCGUCAGGUUUGUGGGGGUUCAUGUGUUUGGCCUCUGUGCCACCGCUCUGAUAACUAACAUUAUCCAACUGUCGACGGGUUAUCCGGCACCCUACUUCCUCACUGUCUGCAAACCUAACUACACCCACCUGAACAGCUCCUGCGAUGAGAGCUCCUUUAUCCUGGAGGACAUCUGCUCUGGUGCUGACACUGCCAUCAUCAAUGCCAGCAGAAAAUCCUUUCCUUCUCAACAUGCCACAUUAGCAUCUUUUGCUGCCGUCUACAUCUCAAUGUACUUCAACAGCACUCUAACAGACUCAUCUAAGCUGCUGAAGCCCUUGCUAGUUUUCUCGUUCAUCAUCAGUGCCAUCAUGUGUGGCCUGACACGUAUAAUCCAGUACAAGAACCAUGCCAUUGAUGUCUACCUAGGAUUCCUCCUUGGAGGGGGCAUUGCUGUUUACUUGGGUUUGUACGCUGUGGGGAAUUUCCAGCCCAGUGAGGAGAAGCACAGCAGUGAACCCCAGGUGAGGGAUCCUGUCCAAUCCAUGACUGAUCUGGGUCAGAGGGUUGGCCACCACCUGCCUGCUAAAAGUUGCAGCAGUAGUGACGGCCUCUCCUCUUCCCACUCGGAGGGAAUCCUGCACCGGAAUCUGCAAGCCCGGCAGACUAACUCCCUCACCAACCUCAAAAGAUCCAGUGCAGAUGUGGAGGUCAUCACCCCCUGCAGCCCUGCAGUCAAGGAGAGCAUGGUGACCUUCAACACUCUGCCGAGGAUUCACUCACCAGCCAUAGAUGAUGCCCGGCGCACAGCCACCAUCCAUUCCUCCAUGGACUCCAGCCGGUCCAAACAGCUUCUGUCACAGUGGAAAAGUAAGAACGAGAAUCGAAAGCUCUCCCUGCAGGCCAUGGAGAAUGGGCCAGGCCAUUCACCCACCAGCAGCAUAGAGACUCGCUCGAGCUCUGAGCCUUAUGCUGUUGGCGUCAAUGGGGAACACCAGGGUCCUGGAGCUCCAUGCCUCAAACUGGCCACAGGAAGUACUACAUUACCCAACAAUCCCAGUGGCAUUGCUGGAGGUGCUAGAAUAUCCCUCCAGUCCAGGCCAGGGUCUUCUCAGCUGGUGCACAUCCCAGAGGAGACUCAGGAAUGUAUGGGCAGCUCACCUGGCGGCAAUGUACGGGACAAGUGGCUAAAGAGCAUGGAGAAGAGUGGGCCAGCACCUGUAAGGACUAAUGUCAAUGGACAGCCACGAAUCAUGCAAGUCAUUGCCAUGUCAAAGCAGCAAGGUCUGCUGCCCACAGGCUCUCCCAGCUCUGAGAGCAGCAGCCACACCAGCUCCACUGUACCUCUACACCGAUACAAGAGCCUGACGGAGGAGACAGGCUCAGGGGCCACCAGCCAAGGCUCUACAGGGGCUAUAGUGAGAGUAGAAGCUCACCCAGAGAAUGGGCGACCCCUGGUGCAUGCACAUUCCACUGAUGGCAGCGGCUCCUGGACCUGGAAGUCUCAGAGCAGCUUGAGGCAGUCCUUUGAGCUUAAUGAUCUAAACCGGGACUCUGAAAGUUCAGAGUCUUUUAGGGACGGCUACGGUUCCACAGACAGAAAAAGAAGCAAUUCCAGUGCCCCAAUCCCUGUCACCGUGCCAACCGUCCCUACCGUCUCCACUGUUUCCUCUGUAGCCAACGCAGUGGGGGACCAGCAAUAUCAUCAGGCCAUCUCCACUAUCCGGGUGACCCCCAUGGAGAGCACCGAUAGUGGCCCAGAGAGCCGGGACUCAACCCUGAACAGGAAAAGCAAAAGCAAUAUGAUCCUGAUCCCUGAAAGAGGGAACAGCCCUGACAACACUAGAAACAUUUUCUACAAAGGCACCUCCACCACCCCAGCUUUUAAAGAGUAGCCAGCCAGUAUUUUCACUGUUUAUUAUGAGAGGAUUGAUCAGAUGUCAAACCUCACGUGCAUCACGCUGUGGGAUUCACUGUAUUUAUCCAGACAUAUUUGUUUUGUUUUUCUACUUUGCACUCUAAAUAACCUACAUUAUUUUGAUGGCUCUCACUGUUUCUUACCAUGCAUGAGGUGUUUCACUGGUUUAUGAAGUAGCCACAGUGACACAAAAGCACAAAUGUAGAACUGUUUAGAAGCUAUUGAUGCUUGCAACAGUGAGGAAGUAUAUUGUAGCAUAUCAAAAAAUUAUAUGUGACUAGGGCUGGGUAUCUUUUUACAUUUUUUGAUACCAAUACUUUGCUUCAAUACUGAUUUACUGACCACAAUGGAUAACAGACUAAUAAAGUUGUGCUGACAUGUAUAACAUGCUUGCAGAAUAUAGACAGAGAAUCACAAGUCUAGAUUUUCGUAUAUUUAGGUAUUGAAAUUUAGUAUCGAACAACAUGAUAUUUUUUGAUACUUGGUGUGCAGUACCAUAAAAGUAUUGCAUUUCGAUACCCAGCCCUAUAUGUGACACACUGUGAAGUUGACCUAGUGCCAAGUCUUAACUGAAACACUGUAAGCAUCUCAUGUUUCACAUUUCUAAAGGUAAUUUUUCAAUGAUUAUAGUAGCCCUUAUUUUUUGUAAAAUAAAUAUACCAUUAAAUUGGUGCUGCCCUAUCUAAAAAAUGUAAAAAGCUGUAAGUUAGUAUGAAAGGAAAUCUAUCCAAGCUGGCUCUUGAAAACCAAGGGAAAUGAUGUUGUAUUCCUAUACUCUUCAGAAACUUGCGUUAUUGAAGCUUUUGAUGACCAUAAGUGCUUAAAACAUUCUCUGUAGCUAAUAAUAUAGUCUUAAAGUACCAUGCACUAUAUCCUCCUACUUGCAAUACAAAGGAUUUGCUCUUUUUUCAAACUGUGUUCUUUCAGCAGGACUUCAUAAUUAACUUACUUGAUUUGUGUCUCUUCCUCUCAGCAGCACAGAAAUGCUUCGUCCUGCUGUACUGAAUGAUUUAGUAAAUAGUCCCUGUCUCUUGCUCAGGUGAAAGAGGCAGCAUGCAUUAUGUUCUGUGGUAAAUGAAGGUGUAAAUGGGUCACCGUCUUCCUUUAGUAUGUAUGGUAGAGCAGGGCACUCGGUGACACAGUCUGCUGCUACUGUAAGCUGAGUUGCUGCCCGAGCCUCCAGCUGCUCUGUUCACUCCUUGUAUAUUUUGCACUUGAGUGGACAAAGUAAGGCAGAGUAAUGGGGGAGAAAGUGUACACUCCCUUUCUCUGCCCUUUGUUUCUUAAACUUCCAGUGUACACCAUAAAUAUUUCCUUUAUGCCACUGUCAUCCUAGUUCUUGUGGGAUCUGUUAAGCAUUCAGACUGUGUCUAUUGUUGAUAAUUGAACUGCACUGUAGCUCUUCGUUCAUCCCAAGUGUAUGUAUGUUUACUUAGAAUUUCCACAUGGUCAAUUUUAGGAUGAGAAAUAGAGAAAAUACAAACAUGUUACCUAUUUUUAGAUUUACCAAAUGUGGUGUCAUAUAAACUGUUAAUGAAAUAGAAUCUAAUCUUUAUUUUAAUAGACACAAAAAUGAAUAAUUUUUCUUUGACACUGAUUUUGCUGUAUGACUUUUUAUAAAGUGUAUAUAAAUGUGCCAAAGGGUAUUUUAAAGAAAGUAGCCUGUGGUUUACUAUAGUAUUUCUAUAUCAGCCUGUAUUCUUCUAUACCACAUAUACUGUGUCAGCACAGGUAGAGCAUCUGCAUGAUGGUGAUUUGAUAAUCAGCACAUUUAUUUUGUUCUCUUUUUGUAAAUGAUAUGUUAACAUAACUGCAGGAUGUGUCGCUGUUAAUACUGGACAUGAUUACUGGUUGACAAUCUUUGUUGAUGUCUUACUUUAAUGUAGAUCUUUGUUCAUCAGAGUAGCAACCUCAACAUGCCAAAUAGGCAUUUAAAUUGUGUACAUCUGUUUUGAGGAAUGCAUCGAGCAUGCUGUGUUCUGAGACAGCUGUAGGGCACUGGCCUGAAGUACUGUGUUUGCUUCUCAUCAGGAAAGUUUAUUAGGAUAGCCGUGUAUGGGAAUGAAUCCAGCCGUGUCCAUUACACCGAUCUGGCUCAAGGUUAAAGCUUUAGGCUCUUCCUCUGCUUCACUUGUGCCAGGUCUACAUACAAAAUGGGGUCCGUGGAAAAAAACAGUGUGGUGUUUUGGUGUUGAAAUAAAUGUUUGUUAUGUUCUCCAGAA